GGGGCCCCGCCAAGUGGGGGCGGGGGCUGUGCGCCCGGCUAGCGCCCGACCCCAGCCGCCGUCCUGCGGGCCGCGCGCCCCGCCGGAAGACCCCCAGGCUCCAUCGAGUUCAGAAAUGUCCAGAAAUGACACAGAACCGUUUUUUGUGAAGUUUUUAAAGUCUUCAGACAACUCUGAAUGUUUUUUUAAAGCUCUUGAGUCAAUAAAAGAAUUCCAAUCAGAAGAAUAUCUUCAGGUUAUUACAGAAGAAGAGGCAUUGAAGAUAAAGGAGAAUGACAGAUCACUUUAUAUCUGUGACCCUUUUAGUGGCACUGCCUUUGAUCACCUCAAAAAGCUUGGCUGCAGAAUUGUUGGUCCUCAAGUAGUCAUAUUUUGUAUGCAGCACCAACGAUGUGUCCCAAGAGCCGAACAUCCGGUUUAUAAUAUGGUUAUGUCUGAUGUAACCAUAUCUUGUACAAGUGUGGAAAAAGAAAAAAGGGAUGAAGUUCAUAAAUACGUACAAAUGAUGGGUGGUCGAGUAUACAGAGACCUUAAUGUAUCAGUAACUCACCUCAUUGCAGGAGAAGUUGGUAGCAAAAAGUAUUUAGUGGCUGCAAACCUAAAGAAACCUAUUUUGCUUCCCUCUUGGAUAAACACACUUUGGGAGAAGUCACAAGAGAAAAAAAUAACUAGAUAUACUGAUAUCAACAUGGAAGACUUCAAGUGCCCUAUUUUUCUUGGUUGCAUCAUCUGUGUGACUGGCUUGUGUGGUGCAGACAGGAAGGCAGUUCAGCAGCUGACAGUUAAGCAUGGAGGUCAAUACACGGGACAAUUGAAAAUGAAUGAAUGCACGCACCUCAUUGUGCAAGAACCAAAAGGUCAGAAAUAUGAAUGUGCCAAGAGAUGGAAUGUACACUGUGUGACCACACAAUGGUUUUUUGACAGUGUUGACAAAGGUUUUUGUCAGGAUGAAUUCAUAUACAAGACAGAACCAAGACCAGCAACCAAGACUAUGCCUGAUACUUCAACUCCUGCUGGCCAGAUCAACACAAUUGAUAGUCGUACUCUUUCAGAUGUCAGCCAUAUUUCCAACAUAAAUGCGAGUUGCAUAAAUGAAUCAAUAUGUAAUUCCGCUAAUAGCAAAUUGGAGCCUACACUUGAAAAUCUAGAAAAUCUGGAUGUCAGUUCAUUUCAAGCACCUGAAGAUUUAUUAGAUGGUUGUCGGAUAUAUCUUUGUGGUUUUAGUGGCAGAAAGCUUGACAAACUGAGAAGGCUUAUUAACAGUGGAGGUGGAAUUCGUUUUAAUCAGCUUAAUGAAGAUGUAACUCAUGUUAUUGUGGGAGAUUAUGAUGAUGAACUGAAGCAGUUUUGGAAUAAAUCAGCCCACAGGCCUCAUGUAGUGGGAGCAAAGUGGUUGCUAGAGUGUUUCACUAAAGGUUAUAUGCUUCCUGAAGAACCAUAUAUCCAUGCCAAUUACCAGCCAGUGGAAAUUCCAGUUUCAGAUCAACCUGAAAGUAAAGUGGUGGUUUUAAAAAAGAAGAACAGCGGCUUCUCUAAUGAAAAGCAUGAGCAAGCUGAUGAAGAACUGCUCUCUCAAUAUGUCAAUAAUAGUUCCACAGUAGUUGAAGCUAAGAAGUCUGAAGCUGAGAAGUCUGAAGUUGGGCCCUUUAAUGAUUCUACUCAUGUUGAGACCUUUAAUGAUUCUACUUACAUUUUGCCAGAAGAAAACCGAUCUUCUGUUAGUCAUUGUCUCCCUGAUGCUUCUACAAUUACCGAAGAGGGCUUAUUUAGCCAAAAGAGUUUCCUUGUUUUGGGUUUUAGUAAUGAACAUGAAUCUACUAUUGCAAGCAUCAUAAAAGAAAAUGCUGGAAAAAUCGUAUCCCUUCUGAGCAGAACUGUUGCUGAUUAUGCCGUGGUUCCCCUGCUGGGGUGUGAAGUAGAAGCAACUGUGGGAGAAGUCGUCACAAAUACAUGGCUGGUUACGUGUAUAGACUAUCAGACUUUAAUGGAUCCAAAGUCGAAUCCUCUCUUCACACCAGUCCCAGUGAUGACAGGAGUGACUCCUUUAGAAGAUUGUGUUAUUUCCUUCAGCCAGUGUGCUGGAGCAGAAAAAGAUUCUUUGAUAUUCUUAGCAAAGUGCCUUGGAGCGAGUGUUCAAGAAUUCUUUGUUCGAAAAGCCAAUACAAAAAAAGGAAUGUUUGCCAGUACACAUCUUGUAUUGAAAGAGCCAGGUGGUUCUAAAUAUGAAGCUUCAAAGAAGUGGAAUUUACCGGCAGUCACUAUAGCUUGGCUGUUGGAGACCGCUAGAAUGGGAAAGAAAGCAGAUGAAAGCCAUUUUCUGAUUGAAAAUUCACCUAAAGAAGAACAAAGUCUGGAAACUGAAAUAACAAAUGGGAUGAAUCUAAAUCCAGAUACUCCAGAGCGUCCUGGCAUACACCUGGAAACUCACAGAAAAACAGCUGUUACACCGUUAGAUAUGAACCGCUUUCAGAGUAAAGCUUUCCAUGCUGUGAUCUCACAACAUGCCAGACGAGCUUCAGCCUCCCCAGCAACAGGACAGCCACUUCAGAAGGAGCCCUCAUUACACCUUGAUACACCAUCAAAAUUUCUCUCCAAGGACAAGCUCUUCAAGCCUUCUUUUGAUGUGAAGGAUGCACUUGCAGCCUUGGAAACUCCAAAAGGUCAUAGCCAACAGAAAAGGAAACUGAGUACACCACUCUCAGAAGUCAUUGUGAGAAACUUGAAGCUUGCUUUGGCAAAUAGCUCUCGAAAUGCUGUUGCUGUUUCUGCCAGCCCUCAACUGAAGGACACCCGGUCAGAAAAGGAAGAAGCUCCAAAGCCACUUCACCAGGUAGUGGUAUGUGUUAGUAAAAAACUCAGUAAGAAGCAGAGUGAACUAAAUGGGAUUGCAGCCUCUCUAGGAGCAGAUUACAGUAUUCAUAGCCCUCUGACACAGACCUUGGAGAUGAGAGAGAACUUUCAAAAGCAGUUACAGGAGAUCAUGUCUGCAACAUCAAUAGUGAAACCCCAAGGGCAGAGGACUUCCCUUUCAAAAAGUGGUUGUAACAGUGCUUCUUCCACCCCUGACAGCACUCGCUCUGCUCGCAGUGGACGAAGUAGAGUCCUAGAGGCACUGAGGCAGUCUCGUCAAACAGUACCCGAUGUCAACACAGAGCCCUCCCAAAACGAACAGAUCAUUUGGGAUGACCCUACAGCAAGGGAAGAGAGAGCAAGGCUUGCAAGCAAUUUGCAGUGGCCUAGCUGUCCCACACAAUACUCUGAGCUUCAGGUUGAUACUAAAAAAUUGGAAGAUUCUCCUUUCCAGGAGCCUUUGGGUGAUUCAGAAAUUGCCAAACAGGCUGUCUGUGACCCUGGAGACAGAUGUGUGACUGAAGCCCAAAAACACCCAAUCUCUGAAGAACUGGAAGUGCCAAUAAAAGACAACCACCUUAUCCCUACUCCUCAAGCCCCCAGUAUUGCCUUCCCUCUCGCCAACCCACCUGUGGCUCCACACCCUAGAGAAAAGAUUAUAACAACAGAGGAGAUUCAUGAAGAAUUAAAAAAACAGUACAUAUUUCAGUUGUCAUCUCUGAAUCCUCAAGAACGUAUCGAUUAUUGUCAUCUGAUUGAAAAACUGGGUGGAUUAGUGAUAGAAAAGCAGAGUUUUGAUCCCAACUGUACACACAUUGUUGUGGGACAGCCUCUUCGGAAUGAGAAGUAUUUAGCCUCCGUGGCAGCUGGGAAGUGGGUGCUUCAUCGCUCCUACCUUGAAGCAUGCAGGACUGCUAGCCGCUUCGUGCAGGAAGAAGACUAUGAAUGGGGAAGUAGUUCCAUACUUGAUGUUUUGACUGGAAUCAACGUACAGCAACGAAGACUAGCACUUGCAGCAAUGAGAUGGAGGAAAAAAAUCCAGCAAAGACAAGAAUCGGGUGUUGUUGAGGGGGCAUUUUGCGGGUGGAAGGUUAUUUUACAUGUUGGUCAAUCUCGAGAAGCAGGGUUCAAACGCCUUCUUCAGUCAGGAGGAGCAAAGGUGCUACCUGGGCAUUCUGUACCUUUAUUCAAAGAAGCCACACAUCUUUUUUCUGACUUUAAUAAGCUGAAACCAGAUGACUCAGGAGUUAAUAUAGCAGAAGCCGCUGCCCAGAAUGUGUACUGCUUGAAAACAGAAUACAUUGCUGAUUAUCUCGUGCAGGAAACCCCUCCUCAAGUAGAAAAUUACUGUCUACCAGAAGCUGUUGCAUUUCUUCAGAACGAUAAGGAACCUGAGGCCGGAUUAUCACAAAAGAGGAAAGCUCCUACAGAGAAAAAUAAGAUCAAACGACCUAGGGUACACUGAUUGUAUCUACUCUUUAGUUACUAAACAUUAAGUUUUUUAGAAAAGCCUGAAUGUUACUGUGGUGGAUUCGGGUAGUAGUUUAAAGAUGAGUUCCUGAAGAAUUUUGCUUCAGAGUGUAAUGAUGCCCCCACUUGAGUUUUGAACACCUGAAAUUUUAAUCACUGAAAUAUUAAUAAAAAGUUACUGAAAUAACAAAACAGUACAACUAGCUUGUUGUUAAAUGCCAGUAAAUGUAUAAGGGGAUAUUUUUGUCUUUUUUUUGUUGUUGUAAAUAUCUGAGGCUAUAGCUUGGAAGUUUUAGCAAGGUGAUGGAUGUUGCUUUAAAAUGUCAGCCUUAAUUCAUGAUAAGAGUUAUCAAUUGGGAUUUAUUUAUGUUUUCCCUGAUUUUUAUCUUCUCGCCAUUUUACCUCUUUUUAACAGGAGCCUGAGCACAGGGUGUAAUGAGGAAGCUGGGGCUUUAAACUUAAACAUGUAUGUAUAUAUGUAUAUGUAUGUUUGUACAAAUCUCCAUGAUGUUUGCCAAGUUUGGGUGCCAAAACUUGGAAAAUAUGACAAUAAAGAAUAAAAGUUGUGACUGAAAUUAGUAUUAAAAUGUGUUCGGAUAAAUUUUUUA